AUGGCAGGGAAACGAUACUUUAUUCUGGAAGAAACAAUCGCCGCAACAGAGAUCGAGAGUAUGAUGGGUCGUGUUGUUAUCUCGAAGACGCUGCCACUCAACAAGUUUGCGCCAUUCCCUGCCAUGUCUCCCAAUGAACCUUCCCACAACACCAACGAUAUCAUACCUUCAAUUCUUCCGAGUCCUUCGCUAUCCUUAAACAGAAAAGAAUUCUUUUCUGCCGUUCGAGGACACGAACUUCACGUGGCACUAAGUGCUAUUCUUGCCGCGGAUAUUAAGAGCACGCGAGAGGGCUCGGCAACGUUAGACAGCCAACAAGUAAAGCGAUAUACGCUUGACAAUCCAGAGCAAUACUUCCGUGCUCUUUUACAAAACGAACUGUACAGUCGGGACAUGCGCACUAUUCUCGAAGCUAGUAGUACGAAGCGAGGAUACUUUGUCACCGGGUUUCUCACCACUACGGAAACCACCUGGAAUAGAGAGACUAACCGGUCGAAGAAAGGAGGCUUCUCAACUUCUCUCCCUGUUUCGCAAUUGACAGGAUUGCCUCUCCCAGUAAUUUCCGACUUAAGAGUGGGAUCCGCGCAUGAGAGCACCACCCAGCAUGGGCAAGAUAUGAGUGUGCCUGCAGAAGAGAUCUUUGCAAUGUCCUACUCAAUUGUCAAACUGGAAUACAAUUUCAAGCUUUCACUUGCCAACCCUAUCAUAAAAACACCUGUCUUUGGGCCUCCAAAGAGAGCAAAAGCGCGGCAUCUUGCUUUGAGUCAAGAGAGUGAUGAGGAGAUUGAGGAUGGCUCAGAUGACGAUGAUAACAAACACAAUAACGGACAUGUAGCUUGCAAAUGGCCCCGAGGCUCUACUAUCAAAUUUAUCUGGGACAAUGGCGACGAGCUUCUGGGCGAUAUUCCGGGAACCAGUUUUCUCUUGAAUCGGUAG